CAAAGCUUCAAUUUGAUCGGAAAUAUUUUAAGGCCUUCAAACUUGAGCCUUAAAUGAGGACAGGUCGGGACACUGAUUCGAAGGAAAGAAGCAAACUUUUAAGAAUGGAGAUACUCGUACCAGUCAUUCUCCUGUCGCUAUGGAAACAUGGGCAAGCACAGUCUUGUCAGGCAACAGCAUACUCUCAGUUCAAUCACAAAAUCCAGGGUCACGUGAUCAAAACCCAUUCUGCAGUGAAAUCAAGCCUCCAGUGUACAGAAAAGUGUGAACUGCAUGCAGAUUGCUACAGCAUUAACUACUGCUUCAGUCAAGGGGUCUGUGAGCUGAAUAACGCUAAUCACUUGACUAACCCCGAAAGUCUGGUCUACUCGGCUGGCUGUCAUUACUUGAAUUACAUUUUACGAGCUGUGCCGAUAUGCAGUAACAAACUGUGCUCCUAUCCUCUCGUGUGUAAGGUCGACAAUAACGAGCAAGGCCACAAGUGUGUUCCGUGUGAAGAUGUAAAGGAAGUCAUGUCGUUCCCGAGGAAAAGUGUCCAGGAUAAAGUUGAGCUUGAGCUUCAGGCUGACGUCCAACUUACAGCAUUUACGAUCAGCAUGUGGGUACAAGCAGAUCCAAACACAGAUGAACAUUCACUGUUCUGUUAUGGCACAGUCAGUGAUGCAGAUGAAAUCAGUGUUUAUUUAACCAAGGUGUACACAGUACUGGAAAUUGCCGAUACUAUGGAGUAA